AUGACAAAAGAAACAAGCGACCACUUUCAUCAUGUAAAUAACAUGAUUGCUUCUUGGUUUUUCGGUCCGCGUGCAGAAAAUAAAGAAUUUGUUAAAGAGUUUUACAACAAUGUAAUAGAUCUACAGGCAGAAGGAAGAAAGUUGUAUUUUGACUCUGCGGAUCCAAAUUUCAUUACCACACAGAUGCAGAAUUCUGAAGAGUUUAAAAAUAACACAGAGUAUCUCAGAAGCCAACUCAAUAAACUCUUAGAAAAACUUAAUGAAAGAACGGUUCCAUUUUGGUCACCUCGCUAUAUGGGUCACAUGGUUACGGAAACGACUAUGCCAAGUAACCUUG